AUGGAUUCUGAAGCUAGGGGUGGCCCGGGCACGUCAGAAUUCAAAUUGAUGUUCCAAAUUGUAGAGAGUGUUCCUGACCAAGGUGAGGUACAUUUUUCGAUGUGGGAUCUGAAGGGAGGUGAGCUGGAUACUAUUAUCCAUCAGAGCUUCUUGACACCAAGGACGCUGUACCUGUUAGUCUGGGAUCUCAGAGACGGCUUAAGAGGUUUCAAUCAGAAGCUCAAACCCUGGCUGCUUAACAUUCAGUCGAGGACAACGGAGAGUGCCACCAUCAUUGUCUCCACCCAUUUAGACAAGGCAGAGAACGUUGAGAUCAUCAAUAAAUACAGUGGCCGAGACGGGUUUCCAGACAUCGCUGAUAUUGUCGAGGUCACAGCAACGAGCCCUGACGGGGAAGGCAUUGAAGAAUUACGGCGUGUCAUUUAUCAGACAUCUCUGGAAAUGAAGAUUAAGAAGAGGUGGACUACAGGAGCUGCUGCUGCAAAGAGAGACACUCCCCUGAUUGGAAGAAUGGUCCCCAGCUCGUUCAUUGCUCUCCAACAGAUCAUAGACAUUGAGCGUGUGCAUCGUAAGCAAAGCACGCCCUCUCGUCCACAAGUCUUGGAGGAUGCGGAGCUGAUGCAUCACAUGAAAACGAUUCCAUACAGUAAGAUAGAAACCCAAGAGGACAUCAAUGAAGCGAUUGAGUUCCUGAGCACCAGUGGCACCCUUGUACAUUUCAAUGACCACCUCCACGGUCUAACAAGCCUGUACUUCAUCGACCCAGUCUGGAUGUACAACAUACUCAUCAACGUUGCCGACGUCAAUUCGUCCUUCGUCAAGGAGGGGCGCAUACCCAGGACCAUCUUGGAACAGAAAUUGUUUCGGAAUAGCGGUUUUGGGAAGGGACGGUUUGAAGAAUAUCUACAGCUUCUGCAGAGAUUAGAUAUAGUACAACAGAUCAGCAAAGAAGAAUUCCUGAUUCCCAGUCGACUUCCCAAAAACAAGCCGGGUCGGGAUUUCCUGAUCUCCCAUACCGAGGACAGUCUCUAUCAGGUCCUAGAACGCCAUUAUAGGCUAGCCUACGAUCCGCCAGGAUUCUGGAGUCGACUGGUGUCCAGAGUCUACGUAUUCCUCAAGUUACUGGAUGAGGAGGGAAGCAAGGGGACUAAAGCCCGAAAGAGGCCCGAGAAGAGAGUUAGAAGCGAAAUAACAGGGAUGUCCUCAAGACUGAGCCAAUCAAUGCAAGCGGGACUGAUGCUGACACACACCAACAUCACGUAUUGGCAGACGGGUGUGAUUGUCCAACACGCAUCUGGUGAAAUCUUGUUGAAACCAGCCACCUUCGAAGACAGGCCCGGCAUCUUAGUCCAGAUUCAAUGUCAAGUCGGCGAGUUUACAGCCAUGGGGUUCAUAGUGGAUCAGAUUGAACACCUCAUUCAUGAUUGGUACCCUGGCCUGAUUUACAGCGGCAUAACUGGAAAACCUUUGGUUGAGAGAUUUGUCCCUUGUCCGGUCUGCAGCAUUACAAAGUUCUCUGUCAGCAAACUCGCCUUGAACGCUACUUUGAAGUUUACAGAUGAGGUGAAGUGUCCCAAUCAUCCCGAGGAGGGCGUGGCUAUACCUAAUCUCCUCCCCGAUCUCUUUUUGAUGGACCUACCAGUGAGGAUCCUUGAUAAGAAGGAGUUUGAAUUUGAUCCCCGGGUCAGUAAGUCCCUUGGCAGAGGAGGAUUCGGUGAGGUUUUUAAAGGGAAAUAUCGACAGGAAGAUGUCGCCGUCAAGGUGUUGGCUAAAACAGAGAUUUUGAUUGGCAGGCCGGAAUCGGGGGUGCAUUCAUCCUUUGGUGAAGAGGACAGCAAAACGUCCAGCAGCAGUAGCAGUCAACGAGACAGCGGCCACCAAUCCAUAUCGCCAAUGCCGUACGAUGAGAGUAUCGCCCCUGAAGAGAUGCUGGUCAUGGAGGGAUUCUCCAACCUGCGCAGUGAAGUGGCCACCAUGUGCAAGCUACGACAUCCCUGUAUCAUUCAGCUCAUUGGGAUAUCAAUCCAGAAUUUCUGCUUUGCCAUGGAGUUGGCUCCACUGGGAGACCUCGCAAAUCUACUCUAUCAAGAAUCCGAGAGCCGCCGUAAGAGCUUUGUGAGAAAUGAGAAGGUUUAUGGGACUAUUCUAGACCGUGUUCUGACCUUUAAGAUCGCCAUGCAGGUAGCCCGUGGGGUGUCCUACCUUCACAACAAGAGGAUAAUCUACUCUGACCUGAAGACUGACAAUGUGUUGCUGUAUUCCUUGGACGUCGAUGCUAACGUCAACAUUAAACUGACCGAUUAUGGGAUAGCUCGGACCAUGGAUUUGCAGGGAGCCAAGGGACGCGCUGGUCCUCUGGGAUUCUGUGCACCUGAGAUACUACGAGGGAGAAUGUUCACAGAACAGGCGGACUGGUACUCCUACGGUAUGCUGCUGUAUCACGUGAUGUCCGGUAAAUGGCCCUACGACCACCUCAAGACUAAAAUGGAUAUCCAUAGCGCUGUCAACGCCGGCACCAAGCCAACCUUUCAGUUCCGAGACUACGCGAUCGUCACCAUGUUCCCAUGUCUUGAGAGAUUAAUGAAGACUUGUUGGAAUGAUAACCCACUACAAAGGCUUAGUAGGGAUGAUAUCAUCAAGGCAAUGAAGAACGGAAGUUUCACUUGCUUGGAAAAGGUCAUCAGUUUAAACAGCGAUGAGAUAUCUUGUGCGCAUCUUGGUUCCGACGAGAAUAAUGAGAACUCGGAUUAUUUGUGGCUCUGGACUGGUGAGGGUGCCAAUCGUCGGUUUGCAAAAAUCCACGUCAAGUUUUUCACCGAAGGAGAUGGCGAGACGGAAGUAUCUAGCUCGGGCUCGCGGGCUAACUGUAUGGUGCAAGUGGGAGACUGCCACCUUGUAGGCACAGAGAACAACCACAUUCAGAUCUUUGGACCACAAGCCGUCGAUCAGCAUGGUUUCAACCUGGAUGCUGAGGUUCUCUCCCUCUGUUACCUACCCGUCGAAGACAAGGACACGCACGGGCUCCUGUUCGCUGGUUUGGCUGAUGGUCACGUGGUUAUCUGGAGGAACAAUCCAGCAGCAACCAACUGCAGCAACAGGCAGCAGGAGCCAGUUUGGUCCCGGGUGAAGACAUUAACCUUUGAGAAUAAGCGUUGUAAUCUGCUGGAGCCAGUCCCUGAGAGAGAUGAGCUGUGGAUAGCCUGUGGGAAUAAACUGCGUAUUAUUAGCACUGAGGUACAUUCCAAAGUCUAA